UCACCUUCACCUUCACUCACACCUACCACUCUCUCAAACCGAACUUGACCUCUUCAGAUAUAUCUCUCUGUCCGUAAACCAGAUUCAAUCUCGGCCCUCUCAACGAUACCACCCUCGAGCUCCGGAUGAGUCGCAAGUUAUUCCGGGUCUAGUCGCAUGGUCACGGCCGAAUGCCUAACUUUCUACACAAGCUAACGCGCACUCUCUAUUCUUCAUAAUCCUUGUCUCUUCGCAUGUUGGUGUAAUUUCUUUGGACUAUCUUGACAUUAUUGAUCGCCUCCCCUGUUAAAGCUUAGAGAGAGAAAACGAGAGUCUACAUUAUGGCACCCCACAAGGGCCAGGGCAAGCCUGGAAAGGCCACUUCCGGUCAUGCGAAAAAACCUCCUUCCACCACCGCACCACUUCUUCCUGCUGUGAUUCCUGCCAUUCCGCUUCCCAUGAUGGCCAAACACAACGCGAAAUUCAACAAGAAGGCGCCUAUCACCUCUCCUGUGAAUGGUGCAAAUGGUGCUUACACUACUAAUGGUGCUCGGGGUGUUAACGGUUCCAACGGUUCCAACGGUGUCAAUGGUGUCAACGGUUCCAACGGUUCUAACGGCGCCAACGGCGCCAACGGCGUCAACGGUGCUAGUCGUUUGCCGAUCUCAUCUCUCGAAGAAGCCCUCGCCGGAAAUGUUCCUGUUCCCGACGGCGCAAAGGCUCCGCAGCCAACCAAGACUUCCAAGAAGGAGCUUAACGGCUCCAAUGCGGAGAAGCCCGUACAUGAUACAACCGCUGCAGUAACCCACGAGCACCGCGAUGAUAAUCCUAGUGGCCAUCGCAAUGGCAACGAGAAUCUGACGAACUCCCAUAUUCCUACGCCAUCGAAUGGCUCAAACGGAACAAACGAUAUCACACAGCCGAAAUUUGUUGCUCCUCCUACAGGAGAUGUUGAAAAUGGAUCUGAGUCGGCCUCCGCAUUCGCCAUGGCGAAUGGCACUACGCUUCAAAAAGGUGCAGAAGAUGGCUACUACCCCGGUGGUGGUGCAACUCAGCCUAUCUCGCAGCCCCAGUCGGCUACCUCAACUACCUUCCCAAAUGCCCAGUAUCCUCCGAUGCAUCAUUAUCCGCACCCAACUCGACCACUGCAGACGCAGCUCUUUACCGACCAACACGGUCAACAUGAUCGGAUUUCCACCCUCCGCGGCCCGCCCCUCCCAUACAGUCAUCCUCCCCACCCCGUUAUGAAUAACGGUAAUGGUGUUGUCUUUGGUGGCUUCCCCGGCUCUCAUACUCCUUCUCCAGCACCACCGUCCGGCUUAUUCAUGAUGCCCCCACCGCCCCCGCCCCCGCCCAUGCCCAUCAAUGGCGAGGCACAGAUCCAGCGUGGACAGCCCAACGGUCACCCUCAUGCGGCUCCUCAUGCAGGCAGCAAUGGUGUGCCAAGACCCAUCAAUACCGACUUUCGACCCAGCAUAGCGUCUGUAUCCGGUAUCGAUAGAUUCGGACAAGUGCCGUCUACAGGACCUCAGGUCCCGAUGGAGCCAUUCUCACCCAGUGGCCGCUACGGUAUCUCAACACCCCAUAGCUUCCAUGGCUCGCAUGCCUCGGGUGAACCGAAUGGCAUCGAUCCUAGCACCAUGGCUCAAUACAACGGCAACCCCUUUGGAGGUCACCUACCCCCACCACAUCAUAUGCCACCCUUCAUGCAUCCUGGACUCAUCCCACGACACCCUGGCAUGGAUGAGGCACUGUUUGAAGGCAUGAAGUACUUCUCUGACCAAUUCGAUAGUGGUGAACUCACCGAUUGUACCCUAGAGCUCGUUUCCUCCAAGGGCUUGCACCACCCAGUCAAGAUCAGUGGCCAUAAACUCAUGCUCGCACGUAGUCCUGCGUUGAAGCAUCACAUAAUGGCAGCUCGUGCUAAUGAUUCAGGCUCUCAUACUAUCAGCCUUGAGUCUGAUGAUCUCUACCUGCGAUCUGAUGCCUGGCGCAACGUUGUCAAACGACUGUAUUUGGCUCCAUUACUCAACCACAAUAUCUUGGCAGAAGAAACGACCUCUUUUCAAUCGGCCGAAUACAAGAUAGACCGAUUUAUGUUCUGCUUGGGUUAUGUCGCUGCGGGCCAUCUCCUACACUUGCGUGAUGUUAUGAUGCGCGGCUUGCAGGUCGCUAAUGAUCUUAUAACGUGGGAUACAGUGGAAGAGGCUCUAGGAUUUGUGUUCGAAGGCACAACUCAGCGCCAUGUCGACUACGAUGAUGAACAGAAUGUUGAUUUGGAGUUCGGAUAUGGCCCGGAGGCUAGAGUCCUCUUGCAAGGCGCCAUGAACUUCCUUAUCGGCGCAUUUCCACCCAACUUUGAGCUUGAUCCCUCGGUUGUCGACGCUCCCAACUUUGCGCGUAUCCCACGUAUCCCGCCUGUUACUGAUACUGUAGAUACACAACCCAGUAUGGCGCCUUCCAUUGCUAGAGGAACCAACGCACCCAGCAAGAAGCCCACCCGCCUAUCGGCUAUCAAGUUUGGCGACCUCCCUGCAGCGUUCCCUGAAGAUGCCAUCGCUACUCCGCGUAGUCCUGCCCAGUGCUCGCCAGCUCUGUCUCGAAUUCUGCUGAACCUCCCAUUCUACGAGCUUCGCGCUGUUCUGACAUCUCAAAGCAAUGGUGUCUCGGGUUGGUACACAGCUCACGAGCGGUACGAUGCGGUUGCAGAUGUUGUGGCUGAGAGAGAGGCAAGACGUCUACGCGCUGUUCAGGCCAUCCGUAUUGGAGCAGUUCCUGGAUCUCACGAAAUCCAACAACGGCUCUCAGCCCAACGACGCCAUGCUAUUGUUGAGCCAUGGGAUGUCUUGAACUGGCAGGAAGAAAUCGCCCAACCAAGGGGUGCUGAUGUUCCCCAGAUCGUACGGAGAUGGGUUCCUCAGUUCUCGGUAUCGUCGGAGGAACCUCAGCGAUCCAAGCCGCUAUCCCAGACCCAGACGCAAUCACAGCUAUGCGAUGUGCGUCGCGAUUCCAUGGUGUAGGUGACGCAUUUGGGCUAUGGUGUGACCGCUUCAUGAAUGAACGCUCCAUGGACAUACUUGAAUGGGUGUCGAAGAAACAGGAUGUGAUAGGUCUGGGCGGCUAGGCGGGUGGAUGGCUAGACAUACUAAGUCUUUCCUUUCCCGUGCAGCAUAUGCAGAUACGUUACAGGUCAUGGCCGAUUGGCCUAAUCGCAAAUGUUUCUUGCGGAUACAGUCAAGAAGAAGAAGGGGAGGAAGUAGAAGAAGGAAUAGGAAAGAAAGAAAAAGUCGUUUUUAGACAUUACAGGACCGAGGAUGGAAAGGUCGGGCAGGGUGAGGGGUCAUCAUUUCACAUAAUA